ACACAAACACAAUCUUACAAUUUUUUUUAUAUUUUUGAUCAGAAAGCCAACCAACAUUAAUGGAGCUUCGGUCUAUUCAAUCUCCAUUACUCAGUAGCAUUCCUACAACAAAAACAUUAUGUUACAAUAACCAACUUAGUAGUAGCAGUAGUAGUAGUAUUUCUUUUGGUUCCAAAAGAACUGUUCAGUCAAAUGUUGUCAAACAUAGAUCUCUUCAGUUCGAUGUUCGAGCCUCAGCAACAAUUAGUGUGCAGCCUGCUGAAACCAAAUCAAAAGAUGGUGAAAAAGACGGAAAUGUCAUCUUUGUAGCUGGAGCAACUGGAAAAGUUGGUUCACGAACAGUAAGGGAGCUUUUGAAAUUGGGAUUUAAUGUUCGAGCUGGUGUACGAAGUAUUCAAAAAGCAGAAUCUUUGGUGAAAAGCGUAGAGCAAAUGAAACUUGAUGAAGCAUUAUCUGACGGAAGUCAGCCUAUAGAGAAGCUUCAACUUGUGGAAUGUGACUUGGAGAAACCGGAGCAGAUUAAGGGGGCAUUGGGCAGUGCUUCAAUCGUUAUAUGUUGCAUUGGGGCAAGCGAAAAGGAGAUAUUUGAUGUUACGGGACCUUACCGAAUUGACUUCCUAGCAACAAAAAACCUUAUUGAUGCAGCUGCUGCUGCAAAGGCAAAACAGUUUAUUUUGGUUACUUCUUUAGGUACAAACAAGUUUGGUUUUCCUGCUGCUGUCUUAAAUUUGUUUUGGGGAGUCCUAUGCUGGAAAAGGAAGGCUGAAGAAGCACUGCUUGCUAGUGGGAUUCCUUACACUAUAGUGAGACCUGGAGGCAUGGAGCGUCCUACAGAUACUUUUAAGGAAACACAUAAUCUUACACUUGCUAUGGAAGAUACUUUAUUUGGUGGUCUUGUAUCUAAUCUCCAGGUGGCAGAACUCCUUGCCUUUAUGGCCAAAAACCCCACUCUCUCAUAUUGUAAAGUAGUGGAAGUAGUUGCAGAAACAACGGCACCAUUGACCCCCAUGGGUGACCUCCUAACAAAAAUACCACCUAAACGUGUUGUACCUUCCCCGCCCAAGGAACCAGAAACUCCCAAAGAACCACAAGCUCCCAAAGAACCAGAAGCCAGCAAAGAACCCGAGCCUGUUUCUAAGACUGAAAGCAUUGCCGCAGAAACACAAUCAGAGACAAAACCAGCUUCAACAAGGCCACUCUCUCCAUAUACAAUGUAUGAAGGUCUGAAACCCCCUGCAUCCCCCAUUCCGACAGCACCUGGCGGCAGUAAGGUGGUAGUUGAAGCAGGAUCAGCUCCCAAAGAACCAGAAGCCAGCAAAGAACCCGAGCCUGUUUUUAAGACUGAAAGCGUUGCCACAGAAACACAAUCGGAGACAAAACCAGCUUCAACAAGGCCACUCUCCCCGUAUACCAUGUAUGAAGGUCUAAAACCGCCUGCAUCCCCUAUUCCGACAGCACCUGGCAGCAGUAAGGUGGUAGUUGAAGCAGUAUCAGCGCCGCCUACUGAUUCUGAACUUAGCAUAAAGUCGGAAACCACAGCUAUCACAUCUGAACCUGCACCAGAGGCUGCAGUAUCAGAAACAACCAGGCCUCUAUCUCCUUACACUGCAUAUGACAAUUUGAAGCCCCCUACAUCACCAUCUCCAAGUACCCCGUCAGUAUCACCACCACCACCAGUGUCUGUAGACAAUGGGUCUCCCAUUACUUCCGCACCAGAGAAUCCAACAGUGAAGCCAAGGCCACUUUCACCUUAUCACAUGUACGAAAACUUGAAGCCUCCAACGUCUCCCAUUCCAUCCACUCCAUAAUAAACGAUCAGCUGAGAACAUUGGCAUGCAAACAGAUUUCUUCUGGUACUUUUGUAAAGGAUGGAAAUCCUAGUUGAAUUACUGCCGAAGAAGUGAAGAUGGAAAGGAGAUAUGACAAGUAUAUAUAUGUAUGUAUGUAUAGUAGAUCCGGAAUGUAAAACAAGCUUAGAGGCAUCGAAUUUCACCCAAAUUUUCUCAUUUGUAUUUUUGAAAUCAGUACGACGUAUAUCUAUCACAUUUCUUUUACAA